AUACUUUGGCAAGUUCCCGACAAUUAUUUAUUCAAUUGCCUAUUCCACAAUUGAAGGCUCCAACCCGUUUCCAGAGACCGGUGUUUGAUAUCAAAAAACCUCUUGUGAAGAUUCUUGUUGGAGAUAUGGGUGGAAAUAGACGUGCAUUGGAAGUAUUAGAACAGGUGAUGCCAUCGAAUAUUGAUGAUUGUUGUGUUAGUGAUAUUAUUCAUCAAUUGCUUGUGGAAUUAGAAGAUAUUUACAGUAAUGUUCUUGCUCAUUCUGGCUCCUACAAAGUACUAUUAAGAGUAAUUUUGGGUAACACACCACUUAGCAUUCAUGAUCUCGUACCAGGUACUAAUCUGCGCCCAGACCAAUUUGCCAAAAUGGGUUUAAUUCGAUUUGAAAUUAAAAAUAGUGAGUUUGGCAGAUUAACUUGCCCUUAUGUGUGGUUAUGGUUGAUGGCACGCGCCGUUGAUGACCCAAUUCUUUUAAAUUGGAGAUUUGAUGAUUACAAUGAAAUUCAACACCUCCAUAAUCCUGAAAAAAUUCUACUAGGUGCGCAACUUUGGCAGAAUUUUGAACAGUUUGUGGCAGACUUCCGAGUAUUAAAGUCAUUAAUAUAUAAAGAAAAUGUAAAACUCACCAUCCACACAAUACACCUGGGUGGUGCAUUUGAUUCACGCAAUGACAAUAACAUUUACCUCAAGUCUAAGCCAUUCAGACUUGUUUCUUCUUCAUCUCGGGUUAGUACUAAGUCUGGUAGUGUAGCUUCUAUUAUACACGAAAAUGGAACAAUAGAUGCUACUGAUGGACAGCACUUGAUUUUAAAUGGUGAAGGUGCCUCUGCUGGUGAUGUAUUUUGUUACAUCACAGAAGAAACAUCCACGGGACAAGAAAGAAAUAUCACAGAGGUUUUGCAGACAAAGAAGCUUGAUCGUAAAACCAAUAUAUUACUCAAUAUGUAUCUUGAGGAAAGGAGCAAAGCUGUUGGCAUUAAUGAUAUAUUUCUUCUAGUAUCAACAGAAAAAAGUCAUAUAGAUGUUUCACAGCUUCCAGCACGUUCAGGGAUAGUUCAUCAAAAUAACUGGAAGGAAUAUUUUGGUCCAUUUGCUAGUAGAGCCUUUAUUUAUGCCAAUAUAGAACCACCGGAUAUUAACACAGCAAGUCGUGAUUGGUUUUCUGGUAUCGAUGGUAUUGGUCGCAAAUAUGCUGAUAUUAUAAUUAAGAAACGACCCUAUCAAUCCUUAGAAGAUUGUUAUUAA